AUGGUAAUGUGUUUGAUCUCGAAUAUUGGAUUCGGGUUUGGUUGCGCCUAUUUCUCCCACUACGAGGAGUCAGGUAUAGGAGCACAGUGGGAGAACGUGUGGGUCAGCCCGCUCCUGGGAGACUCCUUCUCUCUGGCAGGAUGCAUGGGAAUGCUCCUCAUAGACUCCGCUCUCUACGGAAUACUUACUUGGUAUAUAGAAGCAGUGUUUCCUGGUGAGUUUGGGGUUCCUAAACCCUUCUACUUCUUCUUAACACUCUCCUACUGGACAGGGAGGUCUAGAAGGAUUCUACAGUAUGAUAGUGAACCGGAUAUCCGGAUGGGAGAGAGACCGAAGCAUACGGAAUCUGAACCAACACAUCUCAAACUAGGUGUCUCGAUCAAGCAUCUUCACAAGGUGUACAACAACGGUAAGAUAGCUGUCGAGGAUUUAAACCUGAAUUUCUACGAGGGGCAAAUAACCAGUUUUCUAGGACACAAUGGAGCAGGGAAAACUACAACUAUAUCUAUCCUGACUGGUCUAUUCCCUCCCUCUGCUGGAACAGCUCUGAUCAACGGAUUAGAUAUAACUAAAGAUAUGGAUGAAAUCAGAAACUCAAUGGGAACAUGUCCACAGCACAAUGUUCUUUUCCAACAGCUGACCGUUGAAGAACAUUUAUGGUUCUUUGCUAGAAUUAAAAACCAACCCAAGGAGGGUUUAAACGACCAGAUAACACAGAUGAUCAACGAUUUGGGGAUUCCUCAUAAACGGCAUGCUCUGAGUAAAGAUCUAUCUGGUGGAAUGCAGAGGAAGCUAAGUAUAGCCUGCGCUUUUGUUGGAGGAUCUAAGGUUGUUGUACUUGAUGAGCCUACAGCUGGAGUGGAUCCAUACUCUAGGAGAGCAAUCUGGGACCUCCUCAUCAAAUACAAGGGGAAUAGAACUAUUAUCCUUACAACACAUUUCAUGGAUGAGGCCGAUCUUCUGGGUGACAGGAUUGCAAUAAUAAACUGCGGAAAGCUUGUCUGUUCUGGUUCAUCCCUGUUCUUAAAAUCCCUUUAUGGUGUAGGGUAUUAUCUUACCCUGGUUAAAGCGGGGGCUACGGAGAAUACAGGGAAAGAUCAGUUUAUAGAUAUUAUGAAAGUGCGAACUGCAGGCUCUAGUGCAAACACAAGCAGGGAUGAUGAUGAUGGUAUAGAGGAUAUAGAUGAUGAUGAAGGAAUAUCUGAUGUAUCAACUAAGGACACAAUUAUCAAUCCCUCCAGUGGAAACUCAAAGUAUCCCACCUACCCUCUCACCAAGUUUAUACAACGGUUUGUACCGAAUGCCGCGCUAGUUGAGGAAAUAGGACAAGAAAUCGUCUUCGUUCUGCCAGUUGAAGAGACUAAAGAGAUAAGUAUGAAACAGUUUGAACUUCUGUUUAACGAACUGGAUUUAUUUAUGAACAAAAUGAACAUCUCUUCAUAUGGACUCUCCGACACAACCCUAGAAGAGAUAUUUCUAAAAGUAGCAAGUAAUGAGAAUGAUGGAGAAAUAGUUCGAGGAAAUACUUCUGCAAUCGCAAAUAAACUUAGAAGAAGGUCUCUACUGAGCUCCAGUGUGGUAAAGAACAUAGGAACUGCAUUUACCCCUGAAAAAGUCGAAUCAGGAUCCCGCAAAGUUAAAGUUAUGCCUGGAGAAUCUACUGCAUAUCCAUCUAGUCCCUUGGGAGCUAAACAAGACUCUGAGGUUCAAAUUGGAGACUCCGAGAGUCAUGUUUUAACUUCACACAAGAAUCCGAGUGAAUUGCAAAUUGUUAAAACAGGAAAGCCGCUUGUUCUCAAGCAUAUCAUGGCACUGGAGAUAAAACGGUUUCAUCACUCCAAACGGAACAAAAAAGGGUUUAUGUGUGAGAUCCUGCUUCCUGCGGCGUUUGUUUGCCUGGCCAUGGGGUUCACAAUGAUACUUCCGCCACUAGUCGAGGAACCGGAAAUGGAAAUGUCCCCUUGGCUAUAUCCGGGAAAGGGUGGACCGAAUUAUAUAUAUUACUCGAACUCCCUUCCUGGUUACCCGACUGACUGGCCGAACAGAUAUACUGAUGCUCUUCUCUCCUCUGAUAGUGCUGGAACUAAAUGUGUUGGUCCAAAUAAAAACAAGUGUGAUAGCUCUACCCUACAAUACAAGAAUCUUCUGCUUAAAUAUUCAUCAAAUAUUACAACAGAUGAUUCCAAAAACCCACCAUGUACCUGCUCGAUUGGGACACAGAUUUGUCCAGAGGGGGCAACAGGCCCCUCGCCCCCUUCUAUUAAGAUCCCUACUGGUGAUAUACUGAUCAACAUGACCUCCCGGAACAUUAGCCAGUGGUCGAUCAAGACCGAGGACCAAUUCGUCAAGCAACGAUAUGGAGGAUUUGAAUUCGGAGUGAAGAACCCGAUGAUCUUAAAGAAUAUGACGUUGAUGAGGGAGGUCUUCGAGAGGAUAGUGGCGGCAGCAAAUCAGGGAAGAAAUGUGUUUUCCGGGUUUGUGGAGGCAACAGCUGUAGACGCUCUUUUCGGGUAUAUAGAUACACUGCUGGACCCGAACAUGUUUGAUAAUAUCCGAAUCUGGUUUAAUAACAAGGGUUGGGCUGCUUCUGUCGCCUACAUGAAUGCUGUUAACAAUAUUGUUCUCAGAGCAACAGUAAAGCAGACUGAAGAAGACGACGUGGACGCUUUCUUAAACGAUUUUGAUUCCUCCACUGAUAAUAAAUAUGACACCUCACAGUAUGGAAUUAGGUUGAUUUCCCAUCCAAUGAACUAUACAGAGACACAACUUGACAAAGAACUCAUUCGACAAGUCGGGAUAAGGGAGACAUGCAUUCAUUCAUCCUUUAUCCAUUCUUCCAUUCAUCCACCCAUUCAUCCAUUUAAAAAUUAUAUUUGUUUAGGUGUAAAUCCUUCAACCUACUGGGUGUCAGCUCUCCUGUGGGACCUGAUCAUGUAUACCGCAUCUGCGUCACUUUGCGUCAUUAUUUUCCUCAUUUUUGACGCAGAUGCGUACGUUUCUGAGGAUAAUCUUGGCCCAUUAGUUCUCCUAUUGCUACUGUACGGGUUUGCUUCUGUACCUCUUAUGUACCCUGCCAGCUUCGUAUUCUCUGUACCCAGUUCGGCAUUCGUGACCCUAGCCUGCGCAAACCUGUUUAUCGGGAUCAUCACAACCAUCACCACCUUCGUCCUGGAGAACUUCGACGACGUCGAGCUCAAGAAUAUCGGCAACAUUUGUAAGAAGGUGUUCUUGAUUUUCCCGCAUUAUUGCCUGGGCCGUGGACUCAUGGAUAUGGCCACAGAGCAGAGCAUUAACUCGGUUAUUGCAAAGUUUGGACUUAUCUCAGUCAGGAGCCGAUUUGAAUUCGAUUUUCUCGGAAAAUACUUCCUGUGGAUGUUCGUCCAAGGAAUUGUUUUCUUCCUCGCUACGCUCGCGAUUCAGUCCGAGUUCUGGACCUGGAGAUUGAAGAAGGACGAGACGGAAACGAAAGUACCGGAGGAGAUAGAGGAUCUGGACGAGGAUGUGGAGAAAGAACGGAGUAGGAUUCUAAACUCUCAAGGUGGAUCAGAUGUACUGCAGACCAAGAACCUGUUCAAAAGAUACAACAAGAAUAUUCGCCAAGCAGUUGAUAAUCUGACCUUCGGAGUAAGCAAGGGCGAAUGCUUUGGCCUGCUCGGGGUCAACGGAGCUGGAAAGACGACGACAUUUAAAAUGAUGACUGGAGAUACGGACGUAACUGCCGGAGAGGCGUUUGUUGGUGGAUACAGUAUACUCAGGGAUAUGGAUAAAGUCAGAAGCAGUCUUGGAUACUGUCCACAGUUUGAUGCUCUAGAUUCACUGCUUACUGGACGUGAGCACUUGACCUUGUACGCUCGGCUCCGAGGAUUGGAUGAAGCCUCUGUGAAGCGAGCAACUGAAUGGGGAUUAAAGAAACUGGGACUAGUCGCUUACUCUGAUAGAUGUGCUGGAACCUACUCUGGUGGUAAUAAACGGAAACUAUCAACUGCCAUAGCGCUUGUAGGAAAUCCGUCCAUCGUGUUCCUUGAUGAGCCAACAAGUGGAAUGGACCCAGGAGCCAGGAGGUUCCUCUGGAACAGUAUACUAGAGAUGAUCAAGGGUGGACAGUCUGUAGUCCUAACCUCCCACUCUAUGGAGGAAUGUGAGGCUCUAUGUUCAAGAUUAGGAAUCAUGGUCAACGGACAGUUUAAAUGCUUAGGUUCUAUCCAGCAUUUAAAGAACAGGUUCGGAUCAGGAUAUACUCUUACUAUACGAUGUGAGGAGGGGAAAGGAGAAGAGAUGAGUGCCAGAAUGUCGGUACUUCUACCCCUGGCCGAACUAAAAGAGGAACAUUAUAAUCAACUUCAGUUCCAGCUUCCAGUUAUAGGAACCAAACUACCUGCUGUAUUCAGACAUAUGGAAGAUUUGAGGGCUCAAGGAUUCUUAGAGGAUUAUAGUUUAACUCAGACUACUCUAGACGAAGUCUUUGUUAGGUUUGCUAAGGAACAAACAGAUCUGCAGGAAGAUGAAAUAAAACCAAAGAAUCUCAAACAAAAAAUUCUCGACACCAUGACUAACAAAAAGAAUUAAAGUAUUUUUUUUCUCAAUUUUUCACAAUUUACAGUGUUAUUUUUCCAACUAAAGUAGAUACGUUAUGUACUGUAUUUCGGUGCAAUAUUCAAUGUUAUGCUGUACAGUUUUCAAUUAACCUACUGUACAAGGUGUACGUGUACAAUGUUUGCAGUAAAAAGAAUGUCUCACUAAUAUAGUCACGAUAUUUAUAUCUACCUCUUCACCACUUAUAGGUGGUGUUACAAUCAAUAUAUUUAUCCGGACUAAAUACAGGUUUAUAGGUGGUGUUACAAUCAGCAUAUUUAUCCGGACUAAAUACAGGUUUAUAGGUGGUGUUACAAUCAAUAUAUUUAUCCGGACUAAAUACAGGUUUAUAGGUGGUGUUACAAUCAAUAUAUUUAUCCGGAUUAAAUACAGGUUUAUAGGUGGUGUUACAAUCAAUAAAUUUAUCCGGACUAAAUACAGGUUUAUCCAAAAAUAAUAUAAUAAUAACGAACGUUAACUGUUAACAUUGUAACGAACUAAAAGCUAAAUAUUGUUUUUGCUAUGUGAAUAGUUCUAAAUGAUAAACUUAAUUAUUUAGCAAAGUUGCAGGAACACAAAAACUUAAGAAAGAUGCGAAUUAGAUUUCGUUAAGUCGUCUCUGAAGUCUCAACUUUUGUGGGUAACCCUGUAUGUUGUGCUGCAAUCAAUGUCUAAUUUCUCAUAUCUUAUAUGUAGAUAUGUAUACAGGAAAAAAAUAUCUCACUUGUCUAAGUUAUGGUUUAGUCAUUAUACAGCAUACAUAUUAACACUGUAUGGGUAGAAUUUUAUGUAAUCAAAUAUUGUAAUCUUUACUAGCAUCUAGUAGCUUUGUCUAUCUACUUGUUACUUUUUCAUUAAAUCAUGUAUUAAAGAGGCUGUCAACAAAAUUUUAAAGUUUAUCAUAUUCAUAAACGUUUCUCAAAAGUCCUUAGUUUUAGAAACCAAGAAUUUGAUUUACACACCAGGCAGGCUUAUUUUAUAUUACGUUGAUUAUUCUUAUAAAAAGGGAAUUGUUCCCCUUUUCAAAUAUAUUCUUUUUAUUGUACAGUAUUAGGAAAAUGAAAAGAAGUAGUUGCCACAAACUCAAAUUUUUUUAAUUCCUAAAUCUUUACAACCAGCUAUCGUAUACCUUUAAUAUUUCAAUUUGUGAAUUAUAUUAGAUGAAAAAGUCUAAGAUUGAAAUAUCAAAGAUUUACAACAUCAGGUUGGAAAAAUAUAUGGACUCGAAAAAUUAAACUUGUGGCAAAAAAUCAAUUUCUUUUUUAACACAACAAAGUCAAAAAAUAAUAUAAUAUUAUAAUAUUUUUUCAAAAAGGUAAAAAAUAAACAAUCCUGAAAAAUAUAAACAAGGUAUAUUAUUUAGUCAUAAAUAUUUCCUAUUCUCUGUGAUUAGCUAUGUAUUUGUCCCGUCCAGUAUAAUUAGAAUCAUUCCGUAGAAAGCUAUUUUAUAAACCUAUCUUACUAAAUAGUACAAUUUUAACGCCACAUGAACAUGAUUUUGAGAAAUCAAAUAUAUUAGAAUUUACUAGAUGCCUAGUGUGCACUUACUUGCCCCCAAGGAACUGAAUGUUUGCUUCAAACUCACAUUUUCCAGCUAAACUCUAUAUCUUUGCAACCUGAAAUUCAUAGUUUGAAAUAUCAUAGGUCUAUGACAUUGGAUGGCAAGGAUAUAGA